CAUGGAGGAGAGCGGAGGGGGAGUGCGGGUCGGCCGAGGGGAGCCGUAAUACCGUGCAGUACAGCGUCAUCAUGUAACUGGUGUGGCGGCGAUCAAGGACACUGGUGUGCGGAGUCCCUAUGCAGUCUCUGUCUCUCCUCGCCCACACACUGCUGUCACUCCAAUCCUGAACACAGCAUGGAGGCCAACCUGCAGAAGAGGAAGGAGAGCCGCAAGGCGCUGCGAAUUAAAGUCAUCAGUAUGGGCAACGCCGAAGUAGGCAAGAGUUGCAUCAUAAAGCGUUACUGUGAAAAACGAUUUGUUCCCAAGUACCAGGCCACCAUUGGAAUCGAUUAUGGUGUCACAAAAGUACAAAUUAGAGAUCGAGAAAUCAAGGUCAACAUCUUUGAUAUGGCAGGACACCCCUUCUUCUAUGAGGUACGGAAUGAAUUCUAUAAGGACACACAGGGGGUGAUUCUGGUGUAUGACGUGGGCCUGAAAGAGUCCUUCGAUAGCCUGGAUGCCUGGCUAGCAGAGAUGAAGCAAGAGCUGGGCCCUCAGGGGAACAUUGAGAAUGUUGUCUUUGCUGUCUGUGCAAACAAGAUUGACUGCGCAAAGCACCGCUGCGUGGACGAGAGUGAGGGUCGGCUUUGGGCGGAGAGCCGCGGCUUCCUGUACUUUGAGACCUCAGCACAGAGCGGAGAGGGGAUUAAUGAGAUGUUCCAGGCCUUCUACUCUGCCAUCGUGGAUUUAUGUGACAAUGGAGGAAAGAGGCCCAUGUCAUCCAUUAACAUUGGAUUUACUAAAGAGCAGGCGGAUUCUAUACGCCGCAUCCGAAACAGCAAAGACAGCUGGGACAUGCUGGGGGUGAAGCCGGGUGCCACGAGGGAUGAAGUAAACAAAGCGUAUCGCAAGCUGGCUGUGCUCCUUCAUCCGGACAAGUGUGUGGCGCCAGGAAGCGAAGAUGCCUUUAAGGCCCUCGUGAAUGCUCGUACGGCUCUUCUAAAGAACAUAAAGUAG